AGGAAAAAAAAAAAAAAAAACUGUUCUAUUGAAAAAGCGAGACGAGGAGCGGAACGUAGAAACUCACCGGCGCCGGGUUCACUUCUCAUCCCCGAAGCCAAGAGAAGGAGCACAAAUAAUAAAAGAACAAACAUCUGCUUCCAGGCUCCGAACGAACAAGUGUUACUGUCAGCCGGUGGACCAGAGACGACCAGGGCAGAUGGACACCAGAAAAAACUCUGACGAAAAACCCGUCCAGCGAUCUAAGUCCUUCAGCUUCAAGACGCCUAAGGAAGUGUGUUCAUCAUGUGAGAAGACGGUCUACCCCAUGGAGAGAUUGGUUGCCGACAACCUGGUCUUCCACUCGACGUGCUUCUGCUGCAAACACUGCAAAGCCAAACUCAGCCUCGGCACCUUCGCAGCUCUUCAAGGCGAGUUUUACUGCAAACCCCACUUCCAGCAGCUUUUCAAGAGCAAAGGCAACUACGACGAGGGCUUCGGGCGCAAGCAGCACAAAGAGCUCUGGGCCUCCAAGGAGACAGAUAAUAUAACAAAGUCCCCGUAGAGAUGUUUAAUUGUAAUCCACCAGAGAUCUGCCUCUUCCUUUUACUCCUUCAGCAGAUUACGAUACACACAUUCCUCACGUGCUGGGGCACACUUGCAUCACACACUCUUUUUAAACACGUGAUACACAUGAAUUAUUUUCAAAUACAUUCAGUUUUGUUGAUCAGUCCUUAUUUACCUAAAUUUUACUUUCAAAUGUUUAGUUGGUAAUUGAUUGUGACCAAAAGUUUUGCCUGACAGGAAGUGUAUUAAAAUAUAAUUAGAAUUGUAUUUUUGAAUCAUAAACAGAACCUGCACCAUUUAUUUUUUUUAUUUUGUGUUGUUGUUGUGUACUAAUUUUACUGGCAAACAUUUCAAAAACGUUUCAGUGUUUGCAGCAGAGCGUGCACUCAGGUCAGGUUUUUUCUCCCAAGGAUCAAGGAAAUGUUUAAAUCUCGUGUUUUGCCUCGUUUUAACAAAACUAUGAAGGAAAUAAUCCUUUUCUCUUGUAUGCCGUCAGAUGAGCUUGUAUGUGAACAAACAGGGUGCAGAGUACUGUAUGAUAACCGUGCACAUCAACAACAGCUCACCUCGUGUUUUUGCAAUUAUUUCUACUACUCCUGAAUU